CCCCAAAUUUUCUUCUCUCCUCCUCUCCCCUCCUUCAGGUACCUCGUCGAAUGGAAGGACCGCGAAGGAUACGUCCUGAUGGAGAGCCUGCCGAGGGGCGUGCUGUGCGACCCCCUCUGCUACGAGUCCCAGGUCGUGAACUUCCACCCGACGGAGGUGUGCGUGUCGGCGAGGACCCGGGCGGGGCAGGGGUGGGAGAGCNNNNUUCCCAUUCUCUCCCCAGACGUCUCGGGUAGAAUCCUAGCUUUCUUCGAAUUAAAGGUAAUGCUAAUCAUCGGAGUGACCAUCCUCAUCUACCAGCUGGGUCCGGCGCUGCUGAAGGCGAUGCUCAAGUGCUGCCUACGGGGUUUAUACCGACAUGUAGAAGGCGAGAAAAAGCAUCCGGUGUGAGGCCAGCGCUUCGAUGUCACGUCAGUGUCUAUUUUUUACAAGAAAUAAAUCAUUAUAAACAAGGAAAAUAU